AUGGCGGAGCUGGAGGGUCCCGAAUUCGGCAAAGCCGACUUCGUCCUCCUGGAUGAGGUGACCAUGGAGCAGUUCCUGGAGAACCUGCGCCUGCGGUUCUCGCAGGGCUGCAUCUACACCUACAUCGGGGAGGUGGUGGUGGCGGUGAACCCCUACCGGGCGCUGGCGCUGUACGGCCCCACGGCGGUGGAGCGCUACCGCGGCCGUGAGCUCUACGAGCGCCCGCCCCACCUCUUCGCCCUGGCCGACGCCGCCUACAAGGCCAUGAAGCGCCGCGCCAAGGACACCUGCAUCGUCAUUUCGGGCGAGAGCGGGGCGGGCAAGACGGAGGCCAGCAAGUACAUCAUGCAGUACAUCGCCGCCAUCACCAACCCCACCCAGCGCGCCGAGGUGGAGAGGGUGAAGAACGUGCUGCUGAAGUCCAACUGCGUCCUGGAGGCCUUCGGCAACGCCAAGACCAACCGCAACGACAACUCCAGCCGCUUCGGCAAGUACAUGGACAUCAACUUCGACUUCAAGGGUGACCCCACCGGUGGCCACAUCCACAACUACCUCCUGGAGAAGUCCCGAGUCCUCCAGCAGCAGCCGGGAGAGAGGAACUUCCACGCCUUCUACCAGCUGCUGCUGGGAGCCCCGGCGGCGCUGCUGGCCUCGCUGCACCUCUGCCGCGACCCCGGCACCUACCGCUACACCCAGGAGGGCACCCAGGGCAGCGCCUGCGGGGACGACGCGGCCGGCUACCGGGCGGUGGAGGAGGCGAUGGCCGUGAUCGGCUUCUCCCCGGAGGAGAUGGGCUCCGUGCGCCGGAUCCUGGCCGCCAUCCUGCACCUGGGCAACGUCGGGUUCGUGGCGGAGGGCGAGACGGCGGCGGUGGAGGAUGCGGCGCAGCUCUCGGCACUGGCCGAGCUGACGGCCACAGCACCCGGCAGCCUGCGCCAGGCGCUCCUGACCCGCACCGUGGCGGCGGGCGGCGGGGAGGUGAUUGAGAAGGGCCACAGCCCCAAGGAGGCCGCCUACGCCCGGGACGCCUGCGCCAAGGCCAUCUACGAGCGGCUCUUCUGCUGGAUCGUGGGGCGCAUCAAUGCCAGCAUCGCCGCCCAUGACUACGACGCCCGCCUGCAUGGCAAGAGCACUGUCAUCGGCGUCCUCGACAUCUACGGCUUCGAGAUCUUCGACACCAACAGCUUCGAGCAGUUCUGCAUCAACUACUGCAACGAGAAGCUGCAGCAGCUCUUCAUCGAGCUGAUCCUGCGACAGGAGCAGGCCGAGUACCAGCGGGAGGGCAUCACCUGGCAGAGCAUCGAGUACUUCAGCAACGAGCCCAUCGUGGAGCUGGUGGAGCAGCCGCACCGCGGCAUCCUGGCGCUGCUGGACGAGGCCUGCCUGGCCGCGGGGACCGUCACCGACCCCCUCUUCCUCGCCUCCAUGGACGCCCGCCUCGGCCGCCACCCCCACUACACCAGCCGCAAGCUCUGCCCCACAGACAAGACCAUGGAGUUCGACCGUGACUUCCGCAUCAAGCAUUAUGCUGGAGAUGUCACGUACUCGGUGGAGGGUUUCCUGGACAAAAACAAGGACACGCUCUUCCAGGACUUCAAACGGCUCCUCUACAACAGCACGGACCCUGUGCUGCGUGCCAUGUGGCCCGACGGCGAGCAGAGCAUCACCGAGGUCACCAAGCGCCCGCUGACCACUGGCACGCUCUUCAAGAAUUCCAUCGUGGCCCUGGUGGAGAACCUCGCCUCCAAGGAGCCCUACUACGUGCGCUGCAUCAAACCCAACGACCAGAAGUCACCGACGCUCUUCGACGAGGAGCGCUGUCGGCACCAGGUCUCCUACUUGGGGCUGCUGGAGAACGUCCGGGUGCGCCGCGCCGGCUUCGCCUACCGCCAGCCCUACCACCGCUUCCUCCUGCGGUACAAGAUGACCUGCGAGUACACAUGGCCCAACCACCUGAUGGCCAGUGACCGGGAGGCCACGCAAGCCCUCCUGGAGCAGCACGGCUUCCAGGAUGACGUGGCUUACGGCCACACCAAGGUCUUCAUCCGCACACCCCGCACCCUCUUCUGCCUCGAGCAGGAGCGGGCGCAGCUCAUCCCCAUCAUCGUCCUGCUGCUGCAGAAGGCCUGGCGCGGCGCCCUGGCACGCCGGCGCUGCCGUUACCUACGCGCCGCCUACACCAUCAUGGCUUACUACAAACGGCACAAGGUGAAGGCGUACCUGUGGGAGCUGCUGCACCGCUUCCAGGCCGUCCGCACCCUCCCCGAUUUCGGCAAGAGCGUGGUUUGGCCGGAGCCGCCGGCAGUGCUGGCACGCUUCCAGGAUGCCAGCCAGCGCCUCUUCCGCAGGUGGCGAGCGCGGCAGAUCGUCAAGAACAUCCCCCCCUCGGAGAUGGGGCAGAUCCGGGCCAAGGUGGCCGCCAUGGAGGCGCUGGAGGGGCUGCGGAAGGACUGGGGCUGCCAGCGCAGCUGGGCGCGGGAUUACCUCUCCUCGGUAAGGGCUGACGGUGGCGAGAACCCGGGGCUGGCGCUGCCCUUCGCCCGCCGCCUCCAGACCCUCAAGGACAAGGUGCAUUUUGGCUCCGUCCUCUUCUCCUGCCACGUCCGCAAGAUCAACCGCUUCGGUAAGAGCCGGGACCGGGCCAUCCUCGUGACGGACCAGCACGUCUACAAGCUGGACCCCCGGCAGCAGUACCGGGUGAUGCGGGCGCUGCCCCUCAGCACCGUGACGGGGCUGAGCGUGACGAGCUGCCGGGCGCAGCUGGUGGUCUUCCACACCCAGAGCCAGGAGGACCUGGCCGUGUGCCUGCACAAGACGCAGCCGGUGGGGGAUAACCGGGUGGGCGAGCUGGUGGGCGUCCUCCUGGAGCACUGCCGAGCGACCAAGCGGGAGCUUCAGGUCCGGGUCUCCGACUGCAUCCAGCUGAGCCUACGCGGGCGCCGGCGGCUGCUGACGGUGGAGACGCGGCCGGACGCGGCCACCCCCGAUUUUGGGAAGAGCCGCGAUGGCUUCGUGCUUUACUGGCCCGGGAGAUGA